AUGGCCCAAUCGGCUGUCAAAACUUUUCUAGACUCAAAAGGUCUGUCUGCCACACCGGCGUGGAUUGAGUCUUUUGUCAGUUCUAGUCGUCAAGGAACUCCUCUGCCUGCUCUGCAAAAGACGGCCUUAUUCCGUAUACUGGCCUCGGAUCUCACGUCAUCAAUCAAAGCCACACCGACCAACACUCUACCACCCAAUGCUCUCAAUCCUACCGUCAAGGAACUUCGCGUGCCAGAUAGUAUUCCCCUUCAGGUUCUCGACAUCGAAGACAUAGGCCGCAGCGCUUGGAGCCAAGUCGAAGCUAUUGAGGCUCAAGAACGUGGUGAAACCACGAAAGGCAGAGAGGUCAUUCGUGUCGUUCCUGGCGAGGAAGCAGACCCAGUCAGAGAUGGCACUGCUCCAGUCACCAAAAGCAACGGUCCUCACAAACUACUUCUACAGGACGCAAAGGGAACCAAGAUCUACGGCUUCGAAGUCACUGACGUUGACGGCAUUGACUUGAAUCUGGGCAUUGGCGCUAAACUCAUAUUGAAGAACAUGACCAUUGCCAGAGGCGUGAUUCUACUUGACCCUACCAGUACUCAACUUCUUGGCGGCAAGGUUGAUGUAUGGGACAAGGCCUGGAGAACAGGCAGGAAGGAGUCCUUGAAGGCAAAGGUUGGUCCGAGAGAAGAAGAAGAGCUCUGA